UUUGGAUUGUCGUGUAUCGUUUUAAUGUCCCUGCUGAGGACUAGAACAUAUAGUAUUCGCACCACAAAUUUGGUGCUCCCUCAUUUUAUAGAUUUGGAAAGAAAAUACGAGCUGCUAACAUACUCGGUUCCACAAGACAUUACAGCUCAGUGGUGGUCGCGAGGGUGAGGCAGUAUCAGUAGGGAGAGGCCGUGAGGACGAAAUUAGGGAAGGGAGUGGGAGGUCUUCCACCUUCUCAUCCUAAACCGCAAGCAGUGUACUGUGGACAGCAUUGGACUAAAACUCCAACCCAAGGUUCCUAAACGCUAUCUGGCUGUUAAGUGCAGCACGCUCGGAAUAAGGACAGGGACCCUCCGUGGCAGACGUUGGCAUUGCGCUUUUGCGGCACCGGUAUGGUUUAUGAUGUGGAACAGUAUGUGAGCAAGCCACAUUCACAUGCUCUCCAAAAAUGGAGACAAUAGGAAAUCAUUCUCGUAUUGUGCAUCUUAGCUAGUUAGCCACCAAGCCAGCUAAUGCGCCGUUUUGGUGCAGAUUAAAGCAACUACUGCCCAUAUUCGUGUCAAGGUAUAUUUACUGUCUGUGUAGGAUUUGGCAUAAGACUCCUUAUCGUGAGCGAACAUGGAGGGGCGUUGUGGAUUUAGCCAACUUUGCUAGCUAGCUUACUCAGUCCAAGACUUCUGUAUUUAACCAGAUUUGUGUUUGUUUUAACUUCUUGUAUGUUUUCCAAUUGUUAAACAUACGUGUUAACAUUUUAACUGAGGUUCACUUGUUAGUUUGCAGAGGAGUGCUUUCAAGGUUUGCUUGAUUUAAUGUUGUCAAAGGAUAUAACAAUCCAGCUAGCCAGCUAAGUAGCCCAGGUGAAGCUCGUGCACCCUAAUGAAGGAGUACAAAGUGGUUGUGUUGGGAAGCGGAGGCGUUGGCAAGUCCGCGCUGACUGUCCAGUUUGUCACGGGCACGUUCAUCGAAAAAUAUGACCCUACAAUUGAGGACUUCUAUCGGAAAGAGAUUGAAGUGGACUCGUCGCCUUCGGUGUUGGAGAUCCUUGACACGGCAGGGACAGAACAGUUCGCCUCCAUGAGAGACCUGUACAUCAAGAACGGCCAGGGUUUCAUACUUGUCUACAGUCUCGUCAAUCAACAGUCUUUUCAGGACAUCAGGCCGAUGCGAGACCAGAUAGUGCGGGUCAAGCGCUUUGAGAAGGUGCCACUGAUCCUGGUGGGCAACAAGGUGGACCUGGAGUCUGAGAGGGAGGUUGCAGGUGCAGACGGCCGGGCCCUGGCUCAGGAGUGGGGCUGCCCCUUCAUCGAGACCUCAGCCAAGAGCAAGACCAUGGUGGACGAGCUGUUUGCUGAGAUCGUCCGUCAGAUGAACUAUGCAACACUGCCAGAGAAACAGGAGCAGUGCUGCACGGCCUGUGUGGUGCAGUAAAGGAGUAGGUGGACACUGUCCUCUCCACAACUCUCUCCCAGUUCCUGCUUUGAUGACCUAUGACCCCAGGAACCACUUCAGCUCCAUCACACCUUCUGACCUCUCCAGCUGGCAGUAUUACUUACCAGAGGGCAGAUUCUUGUCUGUUCAUGAGCCAAUUCAAGGGAGUCUUGAGCCUGCCCAACCUUUGAUAUCUUGACUGUGGAACACAUUCACCUGCAGACUCACUGGCCUUCAUGGUUUAGGUACAGGGAAGACCUACUUUUCAAUGUGUAUAGGACAGAUUUAUGAGGAUGAAGGGUUGUCUAUGGAUUUCUAUUUUCUCAUUUGGGGUUGGGGAGUGCUGGGGCAAUGAGCAGUGAUCUGCUCGGGACCACAGUGUCCCUUUUUGAAGCUGCUCAGUCAUUAUAUCCCCUAGUUUUACUUUGUACUGGAAUUGGUUUGUUAAAUCUGGUAUUUCAUUUUGAAGUGAUAACAGCCAUUAUACAGGUUUGGGCCUCGGGACAGAAUUCAAUCAAACCGUGGUAAAUAUAUGAUUGCUGUGCUCUACAGCAGUGUUUACCAAAACACCUGAUUUCAAGUCGUUAGCUAGGUUUCCGACCAAUUGGCGACAGAUUUUCAAAAACGGACUUGUUGCAGAUAGAAGUCACUGCGUGAUGACGUAGUGCACACAUAAUGUACUUUUUUGCAACCGUUUUCAUGUACGGAAUACAAAUCUAAAGUUCAACGUG